AUGGCCACUGUUGCUGCAAACUCGACGCUCACAACAACAACUGCUUUUCCUGCAGAGGAAUUGGAAGUUCCCCAGCUCUAUCUCGCCGCAUGGAAAUUCGACGAAGUUUCAGUCUACAUCUCCAUCACUCUGUUCAUCUUAGCCGUUGUGCUCUUGAAAAUUGCUUAUCAUAAGCUGCCAUGGGUUGCCAGCUACUUGCCCGAAUCCCUUCUACUAAUUGUAAUGGGUCUUAUAUUCGGUUCCAUCAUUCACUUCAUCCCGAAUGCUUCAGCCCUUCGUCUCACACCCAAUCUCUUCUUCAACAUCCUUCUCCCACCGAUCGUACUUGAAUCGGCAUACAGCCUCUAUAACAAAACAUUUGCCGAGUUGCUCGGCCCAAUCCUUCUGUUCGCUGUUGUUGGUACCGUCCUAAACUUUCUACUGAUCGGAUUUGGUCUGUUGGCAGUUGAUCUGGCUGUCGGACUUGGCGAACCAUACCUAGGUCUUAGUAUUAAGGAGUAUUUGCUCUUCGCUUCACUAAUUGUGGCCGUCGAUCCAGUCGCAGUUCUAGCC